AUGACGGCUGGAUCACGUGUGGUGGUGAUAGACAAUGGGGGUGGUCUUCUGAAGGCUGGUUUUGGCGGGGACAAGGAUCCAAUUGCUGUCGUACCGAACUGCAUAGCAAAGUCUCCUGGUUCCAAUGCAAAUUCGAAGAAAUGGCUAGCGGCUGACCAGCUGCAGGCACAAGAUGUUGAUGUGACUGGUAUGACGUUGAGGCGUCCUAUUGACCGUGGCUACCUUAUCAAUACAGAGGUGCAGCGGGAGGUGUGGGAACGGGUCCUGCGCAGCCUGCUCCAGGUGGAUCCGACAAACUCAUCCUUGUUACUGGUGGAGCCACAGUUCAACCCUCCAGGACUGCAGCAUGCUACCGAUGAACUUGUGUUCGAGGAGUUUGGCUUCAACUCUCUUUGUGUUGCAGACGCUCCUUCCCUUGUCCACCUUUACGAGGCCAGCCGCCAGCCGUCGCUCUUUCAUACUCAAUGCAGUCUUGUUGUGGACUGCGGCUUCUCCUUCACCCACGCGUCCCCUGUCCUUCAGAACUUUACGCUGAAUUAUGCUGUACGGCGUAUGGACCUUGGUGGCAAGGCCCUCACAAACUAUCUCAAGGAGCUUGUUUCGUACCGGUCCCUUAAUGUCAUGGAUGAGACCCUCCUCAUUGAUGACGCAAAGGAAAAGCUAUGCUUUGUAUCCCUUGAUGUCCCUCGUGAUCUUCGCCUUGCCAGUUUAUCAUUCAAAGACAACCCAUUUAGAUGUUCUUACAUUCUCCCUGAUGGCAUAACAUACAAGAAAGGGUUUGUCAAAGACUUGGAUGAAGCACGUCGAUACUGUUCUCUGCCCGUUGAAGGAGAAUUAGAUAAAAAGGAUGGUGACAGUGGCAUAGACAAGGAUCGAAAAAAACCUGAACUAAGUCAAAAUGAAUUUGCCUUGACCAAUGAGAGGUUCCUUGUCCCAGAGAUGCUUUUUCAUCCAAUUGAUCUGGGCAUGAAUCAGGCGGGCCUUGCUGAGUGUAUUGUUCGGGCUGCACAAACCUGUCAUCCGUAUAUUCAACCUGUGCUUUAUCAGAGCAUCAUCUUGACAGGCGGAAGCACGUUGUUCCCUCGGUUCGCUGAAAGAUUGCAGAGAGAACUUCGACCUCUUGUGCCCGAGGAGUACCAGGUGAAGAUAAUUUCUCAAGAGAACCCAAUUCUUGGUGUCUGGAGAGGAGGAUCUGUCCUGGCGUCCAGCCCCGAUUUCGAGUCGAUGUGCGUAACAAAAUCGGAGUACGAGGAGAUGGGGUCGGCACGGUGCCGCCGAAGAUUUUUCCAUUGA